AUGUCGGACUUUGACGAGGACACUGCCUUUUUGGGACAGACCGGACCCUAUUUCUGGACUACGUUCUUUCUUUUGAACACCGUCUUCAUCUCCACCGGCUUCAACGGACUGUACAUGGUGUUUAUAGGGUCCACUCCCAAACACCGCUGCCUGAUCCCUGAUGUGAACCUGACGGAGGAGUGGAGAAGUGCCAUUAUUCCUGCCAAAUUAGUAGACGGACAGAUUGUAGAGAGUCAGUGUAGCCGGUAUAGUUUAGGAAUCGUGAGAAACUUGUCGGAAAAUGGUUUAGUUCCUGGAAAAGAUGUAAAUCUGACCACUCUGAGCCAGGAGCCUUGCUUAGACGGAUGGACUUACAGCAAAGAAAUCUACCAGUCCAAUAUAGUGACAGAGUGGGACCUUGUUUGUGAUGACCAGUGGAAAGUCCCCUUCGCCUCCUCGUCUCUGUUUGUGGGAUACCUGCUCGGCUCCCUCAUCUCAGGACAGCUGUCAGACAGAUUUGGCAGAAAGAAGGUGGUCUUCGUGUCGCUGGCAGCUCAGUGUGUGUCUGUGCUGCUCCAGUCCUUCUCUCACUCCUGGAGGAUGUUCUGCCUCAUGUUCCUUUUCGUGGGAGCGUCACAGAUCUCACUCUACAUCUCAGCUUUUGUACUCGGCACCGAGCUGCUGAGUAAAACCAUGCGGGUCAUUUUCACCACUCUGGGGGCCUUCUUGUUUUACUGUAUCGGCUACAUGACCCUGCCCUGGAUCGCCUUCGCCAUCAGAGAGUGGAGACCUCUGCUGGCUGUGUUAGCUACUACAUCAAUCAUCUACUUCCCUUUGUGGUGGUUGAUCCCCGAGUCUCCGCGCUGGCUCCUCACUCAGGGACGAAGGGACGAAGCCGAGGACAUCGUGAGAGACGCAGCUCAAAAGAACAAGGUACAAGCGCCUGGAAUCAUCUUUAAAGAGGUAGAGGUGAGUAUUCUCUCUGAUGCAAAGAAAUACACCAUUGUGGACGUGCUGAGGUCCAGGAACAUCCGCUGCAUCACCCUCAUGUGCCUGGUGCUGUGGAUGGCCAUAAACAUCGGAUACUUUGGCUUGUCCCUAAACACAUCAAACCUGAGCGGUGACCCCUUCAUGAACUGCUUCCUGUCGGCCACGUCUGAACUUCCUGCAUACGUUGUUUCAACAUGGCUGCUGAAAAAGUGCCCACGGCGCCCCCUCCUGUCCGUGUUCCUGCUCAUCGGAGGCGGAGUCCUGCUGCUCAUCCAGGUCAUACCAGAGACGCUGCAGUCUGUGGCCCUGGCGCUGGAGAUGACGGGGAAGUUUGGCUUCACCAUGGCGUUUGGGAUCGUUUACAUUUACACAGCCGAGCUUUACCCCACAGUGAUCCGGAACGUGGGCAUGGGCCUGUGCUCCUCCGCCGCCAGAGUGGGCAGCAUCACCGCGCCAUACGUCAUCUACCUCGGAUCUUACAAUAAGGUCCUGCCCUACGUCGUGAUGGGCAGUCUGACCAUGACCUCCUGUGUGGUCAACUUCUUCCUCCCAGAGACUCUGAACAAAGAUCUGCCUGAAACCAUCGACCAAAUGCAGCAGUGUAAAGGUUUUUGCAGUCGACCAAAGAAAGGAAAGUGUGUCGAAAAUGGCACAAAUGGAAGUGUAUCUCUGCACUGA